AUGCGCUCACGGUUCAUCCUGUUCCACCUGGUCCCGGCGUCUCUGAAGAAGCACUUCUCUGUGUUCACGGGACACAGCGACAUGAGCCCCUCUCACCAUAACAGGGUCCGCUUCAGCCAGGACCCCCAGCAGAGUGCAGUGACCAGGGCCAGCCUGGUGGGGGCGCCCUCUCAGAGGACUGCUCUGCCACACACGUACAACCACAAUUCCCUCCCCGCUCCACUGGGGGGCAGCACCCCAGAGUCCGCUCGCAGGUUCUCCACGUUACCCCCCAGUCUGGUGUCCAGGACGGCAUCAGCCGUGUCCCCCACACUGCAGCGCCGCAUCAGCACCUCAGCCGCCACCUCCUCCUACAUGAAGACCAGAGGACGCAGGUUCACUGUCCAGCUCAUGAAAGGUCCGGAGGGUCUGGGCUUCAGCAUCACUUCCAGAGAUGUUCCUCUAGGGGGCAGUGCUCCCAUCAUCGUAAAGAACAUUCUUCCUCGAGGAGCAGCUAUUCAAGAUGGCCGUCUUAAAGCUGGCGACCGUCUGCUUGAGGUGGGUGGAGUGGACCUGGAGGGGAGGAGCCAGGAGGAGGUGGUGUCUCUGCUGAGGGCCACACCCAUGGGGGGCGUGGUUCACCUGUCCGUCACCCGGCCAGAGGACGCCCUGCUGCCCCGAGAAGUGAAGACAGUGGAGAUGAUUGUGGACUUCAGGAAGAGCACUGUCCCCCCGCCCCCACCCUCCGUGAUGGACUCCCCCAUCACCUCUGUGGAGUCCUUCCGUUUCCUGGGCACCACCAUCACCCAGGACCUCAAGUGGGAGCCGACCAUCAGCUCCCUCAUCAAGAAGGCCCAGCAGAGGAUGUACUUCCUGCGGCAGCUCAGGAAAGCCAAGCUGCAGUUCUACACGGCCAUCAUCGAGUCCAUCCUCACCUCCUCCAUCACCUCCUCCAUCACCUCCUCAUCACCUCCUCCAUCACCUCCUCCAUCACCUCCUCCAUCACCUCCUCCAUCACCUCCUCAUCACCUCCUCCAUCACCUCCUCCAUCACCUCCUCCAUCACCUCCUCCAUCACCUCCUCCAUCACCUCUCUCAUCACCUCCUCCAUCACCCUCCAUCACCUCCAUCACCUCCUCCAUCACCUCCUCCAUCACCUCCUCCAUCACCUCCUCCAUCACCUCCUCCAUCACCUCCUCCAUCACCUCCUCCGUCACCGUGUGGUUCGCUGGAGCCACAGUCAGGGACAAACAGAGACUACAGCGCAUUGUGCGCUCUGCAGAGGAAGUGA